GUUCGCCGGCCCACAAUACACCCCAGGCUUGCCCAUGCAAGAAUCUUCAAAAAAUAUACAAACUUUCGAAUUUUAUCAAGUUUUCGUCCACCAAAUCACGUUUUUAUGCAAGAAUUACGGCAAAAACUACACAAAUCAUAAAAGGAUACAUCUUAAACUUUACUGAGGAUGCCUCCUGUGCGAGAAACAAGACAUUUAUGGGUUGGAAAUUUACCAGAUUCGACAACAGAACGGGACGUUGUUGAAUACUUUCAAAGGUAUAUAAUGGUUUGUUCAAUUUUUGGCAGGUUUACGUGGCGAUAUUUUAAACGAAAGCUAAAGGAGCGAAGCGAUUAGUAGCUGUGCAAAGUAUUCAAAAGUUUUUUGCGAGAUCGGUUCAUGGAGCUGCAAAGUUGAUAGUUUUGAUAAUUUUGUUUACAAUCAGGAAGCGUGUUCGGGCUGGUGCUUCGCUUUCGAUUUGAAAAUAUUAUUCUCUGGCCGUGCAAUGCAACAAUUGCUUGUUUCUCCACAGGAAAUGUUGGUUACUUUUGAUGAUUUUUGAACUAUUAAUUGUUAGCAUGACCAAAGACUCUUCCAAUGGGCACUGACAAAUAAAAUUAUAGCAUGAUAGAGUAAAAUACCAUUAUUAAAUACUAAAGUUACCACCCAACUCAGACUACAGCUUUGCACAGCCAGGGGGCGUUUGUGGGAUGUUGAUUGUACAGUUGAUUUUUGUGUAGAAGCCUCUCACCACUCGGACAAGGGUUUAAUUUGUAAAGCAGCCAUCUGAUUGCAAUAUUUUUGCCUCCGAGACCAACACCUAUAAAGGGCUACCAAAUAUUGCCAAGGGCUGUGGCUCAAGCAAUGAAGAAUGGUUCUUUUACUACUGGACCACCAGAGAGAUUAGUUUAGAAUUGAUGAAGCUACCCGUACUUAGAAAUAAAGUUUAAAAUAAGUUAUUGAGCCGACAGUUUUGAACUGAUCAAUAUUUUACUUGCUGAAGUGAAUUUCAAAAUCUUUCGAAUGUUGGGUUAAUAGUCUCAUAUCACAUGCACGUUUGGGCAUAAAACAAAAGGAUUUAAUGUUCAAAGGUAUUAAUCAUGAUUGUGUAAAUCUUAUGGACAAGUAAAAAUGUCUGGUAUGAGUAAAGGAUGAAUUGCGGUUUAAUGCUAGUGCUUUCUCUUUGCCAGGUAAAAUUGUGUGGCAUUAGACGGAGUAAAAUAAUAAAGUAAGGCGCAACGCGUUAGCUAGAUACAUGGACACAUGGACAAUAUGGUUAACCAAAUGAGCGCCAGCUCUCUUGUGUUGCAGGGUAAAAUUGUCUGGGUUAAUUAACGAACAAAAGUCUGCCCAUAACAUGUAAAAUUGUCCGGUGUUAGACAGUGCAAAAUAAUAUAAUUAUACAAGAUUUGUAUAAUAUUAAAAAAGCUGCUGCAGGUCGAUGACAAAUUUGGGGACAAAAUCAAGUAGAAUUUACAAGAUUCAUGCAUAGGGUAAUUUUAAUCCGAAAAUUAUGGAUUGCUAAUUGACAGCCAGCCCCAGUACUCUCCAUUUUAGCUUAUCACCUGGUGUCAUAUAUUGAAAAUUGCAAAGACAAUAAAACUGUCAUUACUAAGCAAAAUUCAAAAUUAUCAGCUGCAGCUGGCGACAGCUCAUUUUUAGGAUUUUGCCAGCAUUUUAAUAGAAUCUAAAAUUGUAAAUGAAGUUUAGAUUUUUUCUUGGGGAAAAACCCCAAAAUUUGUUUGUUUGGAACGCUGAUUACAAAGCUAGCUGUAUUUCCCAGAAUGUUAAAAUUUAGAACUCUGACAAAAAUGUCUAAGAGCAACUCUUGUUAAAAAUACCAGCUGUUUGAGUGAUAAUGAUGCUUAAGUAUUAUUCAUAUGCUAAAUACUUAGUUGCUAUAUAUGCUAUAUGCUAAAUACUAUGUUAUAAACUCCCCAUAUUGAGUUUAAUAUUUUCAUCAUUGUGGUUAAGACUUUAUCAUAUUUCAGCCAUGGAUAGAAGGUUUGUACUACUAUUAUCACAUAUUUUUUAUGCCAGUCUGUGUGGCGUUCACCUCGAUCAUCAGGGCUUCAUUUCUACAAUAUGCCGAACUGUUUGAUCAAGUUCUAUGUCAAUUGCAUCACAGAUCAUAAAAACAAUGGAUAGGAAACUCAGUCGUGUAACUUUUACCACUAUUUGAUUUGGACAAGUUAUUUUUACCACUUGUGAUUUGGGCGAGUUGCACAUGAAAAUUAAACAGAAAAAAAUUCACUUGCCAUCCGGCCUAGUUUUGCCCCCCACAUAUUGACAAAAUUUGAAGCAAAUGGUUGCAGUAAUGUUUGAUUGAUCAGCAUUUUUUUAAUCCUAUUGAACAGUUGGUGUCCGUGUAGGAAUUGCCAUUAAUGACAAGCUUUCAUUGGCGGGGAUGCAACUGCCUGAAAAAUACAAGGAGAUUGUUAUUCUAAUCCUAUAUUUCCCCAACAAAUUCAAUUGAAGACUUAGGCCCUGCUCACAUGAUCCCAGGAUAAACAACUGUCCCGCGACAAGUCAUUGACCCAGGGUACUGAUAUCUUCUGUUCACAUGAACAAAGCUAGCGCGGGUCAUGCCUAUAAAUACAUUACGCGGGAAUCAUAAAAUAUUCCUGCCUACGUGAAACGUUGAAAUAUUGCCAAAUAAAAAACAUUCUGAUAAACGCAAGUCGUAUUUUAUGUUAUGAUAUUUACAAAUAGAACGUAGUUGAUUAUCAGUCGUAAUAAAAUGUGCUCAAUUCAUUGUUUCUGGUUGACCAGAUCAAAUUUUUUUAGUAGCAUACUACACCUCUUGGUUUCAAACAUGAUAUUAGCAACAAUUUUAUUUUAAUAUUAUUAGAAUCAUCACUUAUAGAUUUAUAAUGAUAUCUUCAAUCAAAUAACAAGUUUUUGUGGAGUACAACAUGCUCUAAAUGUAAUUUUAGCCGCGAUUUUGAUCGUUUUACCAAAAAUUCAAUUAUCCCGGGACAAAGUUGCCCCGGGCAAAGUGUUCACAUGAGGAAAAGUUGUCCCGGCUAGGCGAGUGUCCCUGUCUACAGAGGCGAGGCACUUGGGUCAAUUCUUGUCCCGGGACAAGUAAAAUAUCAUGUGAACAGCACUAUUCUUUUAAGGAGCCGAGACAAUUUUUGUCCUGCGACAAUUGCUUGCCCUGAGACAUAGCGCUGUCCCGGGUUCAUGUGAACAGGGCCUUAAGCAUGACUCAAAACCCGACAUAUUGUUUUCAGCUGAUUUAUUAAUUAAUAAAGAAUCAUAAACAGAAUGUAUACCAGUACCAUAAACAAGCAAACAAUUUUGUGUAGCAUUUAAUUUCUGCCAAAACAACUUGCCUGAUCUGGCAACCAAGAAACAACCUCUACUUGCCCAUAAUGAUUUUUACUUGCUGCGGGCAAGCGCUAAGUUACACCACUGGGAAACUUGUGAUCACACAUGUUUUCAGUGUCCUGAUGGCAUUUCAACAUUGUUAAAAAUUAUGACGUCAAUAAGUUUAAAAUAUUCCACUUUUAGUAAAAAUAAGCUGAGCGUUUUAGUAAAAAAUUAUAACAAUACAACCAUGCUACUCUGCAAUGGAAUACUGUAUCUAAAUAUUGUUGGUCAUUUUCAGGGAACAUAUCAAGCAUUAGUAUAUGGUGAAAUACUCAUCACAAAGUUCAAUUACAUCAACAGUAGUUUUUGUGACUCCAUUUUCUUCAUUACGAAAAUAAAAAAACCUAAACGACUAGCUAGCAGGUUUAAAAGACAAUGAAACCAUUUUGAAUCUCAAUAUAUAGCUACUUGAAUGGGAAUAUUCUAGGAAAAUAGAAGAAAUACACAGUAAAACUUUACUAUAUUCAUUGUAUUUGUGACAACACAAAUUUUGAAUAUGCCACAUCUGUUGGCAUCAGCUGUUUCCAUUUUUUACCUCAUAAAUAUUCUGGCUUCAAAAUGUAUUCCCAAAGUUCAAAAGGUUGGUCUAUCCAGUACCGUAGUAGGUUUGAGAUCAGUAAAUAAUUUACAUGAGUUCUAACACCACAAUCACCACAUAAGAAAUUUAUUCAACUAAUAAUUCAGGUCUCCCUUUUUGAUUUUCUAAGGCUCAGAAAUGCUAUUCCCUACAUUCUGGGAGCAAUUUUAACAAAAAAUCAAUAAUGAUCUAAACAGUAACACAAUGAUUAUAAUUUCAUUGUCUUCCUGCAUUCUAGGCUGAGCAGUUUUAAGAAAAAAUCAAUCUCAUAAACAGUGACACAAUGACUAUAUAUAAUUCCAUAUAGUAUGUGUGUACUACAAUUAUAUAGUGUGUAUAGUGUAUACUACAAUUUCUCACAAAUGUUUACACCGACACUGAUAUAUGUAACAUGAUGUUACUCUGAGCGUAUAUCCACACCGGGCAAGCUUUGAAAAAUAUGCCUGGCCACUGUGGGAAUCGAACCUACGACCUUUGUAAUUCUAGCCCAAUUGCUCUGAGCUACGAGAUCAGGUCGGUUCAAGUAUGCGUAGCUCACUUGGCAGAGCAUUUGGGCUAGUACUUCAAAGGUCGUAGGUUUGAUUCCCACCAUGGCCAGACAUAUUUUUCAAGCUUGCCCGGUGUGGAUAUACACUCGAGUAAUAUCACGAGCAUCAUAUUCACCCGAGUACAUUACACCAACACAGAAAAAUCAUUAUACAUAACAUGUUACAAGACAACAUACGCGACUGGGACUGACACUGGCCUGAUCAUAAAAGUUAAUCCUAAUUUGAUCUGAAAAAAUAACGGUUGUAUCAUGUCAUCUUAUCUUGGAGACGAAUUACUCCAAACAAUAUUUGCUAUUAUCCGGUUAAAGACUUUAUCCCCUUGAGAUUUUAGCUGUAAAGGAUCUGACGGUUGUUGCCAGUUCGCGUCCCACACAGAAAUAUUGUGAUGUCCCUCAACACCUUGGCACGUCUAUUUUUAAAAUCGUAUUUUCUCAUUUCUUCAGAUUUGGUCGAAUCGAUUCUGUAAAAGUCUUGUCAAAGCGUUCAGCCGAUGGUGGACAGGCAGCUUUCGUGGAUUUUGUUGACAUAAGAUGUGCUAUCAAAGCACACGAGACGCCAAACCGUUUGGGUGACAGGGAACUUCGAACAGAUUAUAAUGAACCGGCCAGUUCCACCUUAACGAGGUCACAUGACGAGGGUAGGCGGUAUGAACGCGGUGGGCGAGGGUAAGUGGUAUGGUUGGUUUUGAAUCAUAAAUUGUUUUUGUUUCUUGCAUGUCAUAUAUGUUUUUCUGUUCUUUUCAAUUUUUUUCUCAAAUAAAAGAAGAUUUGAAAUAUGUAGUACAUUGAUAAUGAUGUUGUUUUGUGAUAUAAUGCACACAGUUGCAUAAGUUUGAGGUUCCAUUUUGUUUUCCCCAGGAUAUUAAAUUUCAUCAACUUGCCAGGUUCAUUGACAAAAGCACAUUUCAUAAAUGAUAACCAAACAGGGCGAGGCUGAGAUUUUCAUAUGAUUUGCCAAACUAUGUAAUCCAGUGGCGGACACUAGGAGUGGGAGGAUGGAGGGUGGAGGGACAAGCCUUUGAAUGGUAGUUGAAUAGCUGAUUACCAAAGAAAAUAACAAUAAUUUUACAACCACGAAAAGCAUUGCAAAGCUAUAAAUUAAGCAAAGUUGAAUGAAAUUUCAUGCAAAAAGUGUACAGGGCUGGUAUGCAAUUUAGAACAACAAAAGAGUGGCAAUAAAUACUGGAAGCCCCCUCUCUUCCAAGUGUCCACCAUUAAUGCAAUCAAAAUUUGGUCAUUUCAUUUGAAUUAAAAAGGUCAUUCAUGAAUUCAAAUCAAUCGAAGACUGAAUUAUUUAGCCACCCAUACAGUAAUUGCUUGCAGUUAUUAUGCCACAAUUGCCUAGCAUUGGUAACAUCUACGUGCAUUUAGUUGCUAACUAUUAGCAAACGAAAUGCAGCAUGUGUUCACUGGUGAUUUUAUAAUAUAUGCCCAUGGAAUAGUAUGCAGAGCCAUGAGGAUGUGUGAAUAUUUCAACAAAAUGCAAGGUUAUAUAGUGGUAAUUGUAUAUGAAUGGUGGCUCAAUAUCAUCAUUUUGGUUUACAAAAUGGGUGGUGCUGGUUAUGGAAUUAUUUCCCUUCAUGGAAAGGCAUUACUACCAUAAUGGUGUUCCGACCCAAGCUUAAAAUCUGCUGAGGAUCAUGGUGGUUUAUGUGAAAAUAUAUGACAACUGCUUUGCACUAUAUUUUUCAUUUACCAUUUUUUCUCAAACUUUUUAAAAUCCAAAAUAUAAAAUCUUAAAGACCAUGUCAAGUCUGGGCAUCAGUUCUUCUCAUAACAAAGGGGGACCCACAGAUAUAAACAUUGCCCAAAUUUUGCAUUUUUCGAACUUUUUUGAAUUGAAACGUACUCUAGUUUAUAUUCAUUUACAAUUGCGAACCAGAAAAAUGUUAGAUCAAUUCAGUUAGUAUGUCUUAUUUUACAAAUAUAACAGUUCAAAAUGUAAACAAAGGAUUUGUUUACAUUAUGGACUUGACAUGGUCUUUAAAACUUUAAAAGAAACAAAUCUUUCUAAGCCCUGAUAAUUUUUGCAUAAACCUUAAAAGCAAAGUAUAAUUAAAACUUUCAAAAACGACAAAAGUUUAAAUGUAAACAUGUUUAAAUGUUAUCUUCAGAAUGAGUUAAAGCUGUAACACUUUCUACUUAUGGAAGAAUUCUCGUAUGGUUACAAAAAGUAAUUCAGAUUCUAAAUUUUUAAUCAACGUGAUACCAAACAAAGUAAUAAACUUUUAAAAAACGUUCGUUACAAAUUUUGCUAAGCGUAUUGUCAUAAAUAUUAUUUUACAUAAUCUGGUAAACGGUGCGUAGAGAGACGUAAAAAUUUUUCCGUAACAGUAUUAUCUUCAAAUAUUUUAAAACAAAAAUAUGUUCCAAAUUUUCCAAUUCCUGGCAGUUGUCAUACGGAUUCACAAUUUUUUCGGUUCAAUUAUGUCGUGCGAGAUAAGGCAAUAUAAUUUAUUGACGUACUGUUUUGGCGAUCAUCAUUUUAUGGUAUGGUCCAUUAUUUCAUGGCAUGAAAGAUGUCUGGUUACGUGGUGUAAAAUGGUCCUUAUUCCUCGAGUAUUAUGGCAUGGUAUUCUGGUUUACAUCAAAAGCAUGGCUUUCCCUAUGGUCGAAAGGUUUAUGGUGCGUGAUGCGUGCAUGCUUUGUAUCAAGUUGAAAUGUGGCUGUGCGAUGGUUUCCAUGGAUACAAAAAAUAUGGUGUUUCAGUGUAAAUGGUUACAGCGAUGAUAAUCCAAUGUUUUAAAUUGGCGUUUCUACUUACUAUGGAUUUCUGGUUUAAAAGUGGAAUCUAUGGAUUUAUAUUGUUAUAUCAACAUGACCUCACAUUGGAAUGGCGCAUUAGAUGGUAUAUUUGCAACGUGGAAAAAGGCUUUAUUAUAUAUUAUGGCGAAGCUGCGAUAAAGAUAUGGUUUAAUGGUUAAAGAAAAGUGUAUUUUAAGAUAAUACGCAAGCAUCUGCAAAUGUUUUAUUUUCCUGGAUUUGAUUUUAUGUAUUUUUUCUGUUCAGUGGAGGGCAUGGUAGUUACUAAUUCUUACUAAUAUCAAAAAGGAAAUAUUUUUAUAACCUUUGUGUAUCAGUGGUUGUUUAUAUGAAAGUUCGGAAUGAGAUAUAUGUGCUUUGUAAAUGCCCCGAACUGGACAUAAUGUUUUCCCUUCGUGGAAUUGUGUUAGUAGAUCAGUUGUAAGAAUAUACGAAUCGGUAAGUAUGCCUAAUAUUAAGACACAAAUUUGAAAACUGUCAAAACGCUUGAAUUUGGGGAAACCAUAAUACUAGCAGCAAAAUUGAAAAGCUUUCAAGAAAAGCUGAUUUGAACGUGUGAAAUGUUGAUGCAUCAGUUGAAAAAACAUAUGGGCAACAUACAUGUAAAACUUUCUAUCCAACACACGUUGAAAUCCGUUAUUGUUGAUUUGCAACAAUUUUGUUGCUAGUAUAGUCAUAUUUUAUUAAUCAAAUAAUUUAUGCUUGCCUAAUGCAAUACCCAAGUAAUUCACAAUCAAAAUUGGCAGUUUUGAAAUUCUUGUCUCUUAAUUAUGUACACUAGGGCAUUUCAAGGUCUGUUUCAUUCUUCCCCAAUUGUAAUAACAUUUCAGUCGUUCAAAUAUUUUUUUAGAUCGCGCAUAUGUGAAUGAAAUCUUUGUGCGCUUUUUUCAAAUCUAACGUUAAUUAAUUGCAGUAUAUUUUUAAACUGAACAAUAUCGCGUGUCCGUUUAGGCCUGGUGACGACGGGUACAGCAGUAGACAGACGGAGGGGUAUUCAGGGUCAUAUGGUUAUAAAGACGGUCCACCAAGGAGAGAUUAUGACAGAGGGGAUGCUGAUGAGAGAAGUUCAUCGAGAAUGACUGGUUUGUCAAGUUUAAUGGUGACUUUGGCAGUGCGCACAUUCAGUAGAUUCCGGCAAAUUUGUGCGCGCUUCAUCUAUUCCUUUUCCCUCUAAGAGCACUUCAGAUAUGCAUGUUCCAAGAUUAAGCCUAUAUCAAACCAUGGAUAAUAAAACAAAUGGAUAGGAAACUAGCUGACAUGACCUAAUGUUUUCAAUGGACUGGUGGCGUGAUUGGAUGUUGAAACCUAGUUGCAAAUCAAAUUCUCAAAAACGGCAUGUUUAGCAAUAAUACAGCUAAACAUUUUAGUCAAAGAGCAAAUAAAUAUAACUACGCCAUUCUACGAUGAAAUAUCUAAGUAUUCCCAGUCAAUUUUAGCAAAUAUUUCAAGCACUAAACAGUGAGGAAGCAUGAGUGCUCGCCUAUUAUAGAAAUUUGGAAAAACCAUGCAUGCAAAGGUCUAUUGGUAUUGCACACAAUUACGUAACAUACUUUAUUUAGCCUGCCAACAUUAUUUACACUUGAUAGCUCAUGCGGCUGAAAUUACAUUCGGAAAAUGGCUUAUUCCAACAUUUGAACCCAGACUACAAAGGUUUUAAAGGCACACGAUCUAACAGCCAAAAACCUACAAUGAAAUUACAAUCUCGGGAUAAUUUUGAAAAUUUCAUGUUCAAUUUUUUUCCUAGAUGAAAAUCCCGAGUCGUUUCGACGUGCUGCGCGCAAUCCUCCAAAACGCAAAGAAAGCGAGAGUGGUCCGAGUGGCAGCGCGGGCUCAGAUAGUGGCAGUGAUUCCAGCGGCAGUGGUGAUAGUGAUAGCGACAGUGACAGUGAUUCGUCAGCAUCAGAGACGUCACGUGGUGUCAAGAAACCCGUAGCGCUACAGAUACGAAAUUUAUCCGCUAGAUCAAAUGGUGAGCUUAGAACUGUUACCUAUAAUUUUCUCCCACGGAUGGAAAAACUGUUGGACGACGGGAUUGCGUUGUCCGAUGUCCCAGAUUAGUUUUAUGUUAUAUUCCUAGAAGUAUUAUUAAGGUUCUCAGUGCAAUGAAAUUAAUUUUUUCUGUUAAAGUAUAGCAUGCAUAACAUUCAGUUUGACAAAUUGUUGGUGUCACACGAUUACAGUGUCUGAGUGUAGAUUUAGUAUUACUUGAUUGUUUGCAGAAAAUGUUCAAUGUUCUCUAGUUGCGGUCCCAGAAAGUAAAAUAUUUUUCUAACCCCUGACGGUGAUGGAGUUUUAGUCUGGUUUUACUGGAAACACAAGCGCAAGCACAAUUAAAAGCAGAACAGCGAAAUGCAAUUGACCAUUUGCGUAAUAGACUAAAUUUUGAUCUAGACAAAAAUUUCAUCACAGCUUGAAAGAGCAUCACAAAAUUAGUAAUAUUCCAAAGUUUCGUUGCGAAAUGUUGUAAAAUGCGGAUAAUAUAGCCUUGCGAAGUUUGCAAUUUUCAGUCAUUUUAGAUUACAAACAGAAAAUUGACAGCCUCAAAGCGUAUCGGGCUGUCAAUUUCCCGUUUGUAAUCUAAAAUGACUGAAAACUGCAAAUUUCGCAAGGCUAUAUUAUCGGCAUUUUACAACAUUUCGCAACGAAACUUUGGAAUAUUACUAAUUUUGUGAUGAUCUUUCAAGCUGUGAUAAAAUUUUUGUCCAGACUUGUUUAGAUCAAAAUUUUGUCUAUUACGCAAAUGGUCAAUUAAUUAAACGUGCGACAUAAGUGCAGGUGCAUGAUUAACUGGAUGCAUAAUGUGCAAUGGAUGAUCUAUGUUUUAACUUUGGUUUAUGGAUAAAGAAUGUCGGUUAAUGAUCUCAUGUUUAUCCUUUUACCAACUAAUAACAAUGUUAGUUUUUAAUUACCCAUAUGUGGUAUUAUAUACAAGUGCAAUUGACUUCUAAAAACUCUUGGUCAGUUUGGUGACUUUGAUGGGGGGUUUUAUGUUAAGAACACCUGAUGAGCACACACCAACAAUCUGAAUUUUUCCUACGAUUACAGAUACAACAAUCAGAGGUGGGCUGUAUCAUGAAUUCAAGAAACAUGGCGAUGUUGGUCAGAUUAAAGUGUUCGGACGAGAUAACAGCAGAUAUGCCAUUGUGUAUUUUCGAAGGUAAUUUGUAUACGAUGUCAAUAUUCACUUGCUG